AUGAUGGGGAAAAAGACGACGAAGUUGGUAGGUGGCGUGACGCAUGUACCCCCUGUAGCGGCACCGUUCGCACGUGCCUCGAGUGGUCUCAUGGCGACGGUGUCGUUUUCACCGGGCGGAGGCUGCGGUAUGUUGGUGACCGCCACUUUGUCUGCGGACGACACUCGCCGAGGGGAAUUGACAUUCAUGACAGUAGCAGCGGAUUUGUCCGCGAUGGUUCUUGCGCGGUGUGCAUUCUUAUUUAACACUGAGCCUCCGUACGGCAUUGCCAAAGUGGUGUGGGCGGGUGUCAGCGUGGUUGGUGUCAUGAGUUCAUCGGGAGAAGUGGUGUGCGUGCGCUCCGGACUAGUUGAAAAGGACGACAAUAACGAUGAUGAUGUUGAUGACCACGCUACCGAUAAUGAAGAGGGUAAUGAGGCGUUGUUUGUGGGCGUCGUAGCUCACGCUUUAGAUAUUUGCGGCAUAACGGUCGGUGGAUGUCCUUUUGUUGUAACCUCUGGCCAUGAGAAACUGCAGUGCUUUGCAUUUCAAAAACAAUGCGCAGGUGGGGGAAUGAAGCACAAGCGUCGUGAGUUAAACUUUGGGCCCUUUCAUUCCAUUGCCGGUGUCGCGGAUCACCGCAAUGGGCCAGCAAUUUUGCUCGGAUGUACUCUGGGAAGCAUUGUUGUGUUGGAGUGGACUUCAGCUUUGGAUGCUCCUGUUGUUAUUCGUUCCAUUAUCAUGGGGCCUUCAACGCGUUAUAUCGGUAUUGCCGUGAACGCAUCGGACCACUGUGAGUCUGAAAGACAAGUCACAUUCUGUGUAUUUGGUGACAGAACGCUGGAGGGAAAGGAGGAGUUGGAAGAUGUGGAGUUGCAACGUGCAGACGGUUCUCUUUUUGAUAUUCCAAAGUUAACUGGCUCCUUUGUAUCAUCCCUGCCAUCAUGGAAUACGGUGCUUCACAAUGCACCGAGUCGACCGCACGCGGGGGGUUUCUCACUUAUGGUGACACGGCCACAAUUAGACCGUUCGUCAUCUGUCAAUUGCCACGCUCUUCUUAUCAAUGCCACGCAGCCCGUGUUGAAUGCAGCGGGAUCUUGUGUUAACGGAACGUGCUGUGACAAAGUUGAAAGAUUGCCAUCAACUGUCAACAUAAAAGUUAUCGAUGCAGCGUCUACAGAUUGCAAAAAGGCCCUUGCGAGGCUCAAUUCGGCCGUUAGUGUGCUUCCGAUACUACGGUGUACGAAAAGCCAGGACUCCCACGAGUAUGGGGAAUUAUGUUUAUGUGACGGGCGGUGCGCCAUUUUUUUUGGUUUCACUGAAAAAGGGCAGAUGAUGCCCCGCAGUGUUCUUUGCCUUGAGAGCCGUCACGAUCGACUGCUGGGAUGUUCUUGGUUCCCAGAGGCACGCGGGGUUAUGGUUCUUUCAGGUACUCUUCUUAAUGAUUUUGAGGAGGCGAGCGAGAGUACCAUAAUGAAGAAGGGAGAGAAGGAGGCUGAUCUGUCGGCAAAUGUCGUUAGUCAAAUUGUUUUGUCCUCUCGAGAGCCUCUGCCAUGGGAAUGCGCUGAUGCAUCUGCACCCUUGACUCUGGAGCAAGUGCAAGAAGUAGUGCGAACAAUUGUGCAGGGGGAAAACGAAAAAAUGUGGGCUCGUUUAGAAGGACGUUUGGAUUCACUGGAACGCGCCAUGAGUCUGUUGCUCCCCGUGAAGAAAUGA